CAAAAAUACCUUUCGAAGACGAAUCAGCCAAUGAAGUUGAGGAAUUUGUAUAUGCCUUAUUGAUUUUACAAAAUGCAAAAUUAAAACAAAAUAAAGAAGAAAUUGAGGCCAGAUUUGUAAAACUAGAGCAAAGCGAUAAAGAGAAUGCCAAUCUAAAAGCUAAAGUAGCAAAAUUAAGAUGUGACAUUUUGGAAAUCAAAUUACAAACCAGAGUUAAUACUGACAAAUAUGUUGCAUCUCCUAUUGAAGUUAUUUCGCAGUCUGAUAAGAAGAAAGAUAUUAAUUCUGAUCUCUUGUUUGAAGUAGAACAUAGCUCAACACAAUCUGAAUCUUUAACAGAACCUAAAGUAUCUACAACCUCUUUACUGGAAGACAUUAACAUGCUGGCAAAUGCCGAUGACGAUUCAGCUAAGACCCUUGAAUUUGCAAAAAGGGUAUAUAAGAAAAAUGUUAGUAAUGAAAUAAAACAGAGAAACAGAAAGAAAAAACUUUUAUGUAGUCCUUUAAAAAUAAAACCCAAGACUUAUCAGGGAACAAUCAAAUUCAUGCGAUUUUAG